ACGAGAAGAGUGGGCCAAAUAUUGAAAUGAGGCGCGAAUUCUUAGCAAUAAAAUUAUAGUUUUUUCUUAUAGUAUUUAUUUUCGAGCUAAGAAAUUAGAGUUUUUAUGGUCCAUUUGUUAUACCACAGGCGGCAAAAGCACAAGGAAUCAAAAGAUAUUGCAAAAAGGAAAAGCAAAAAAUUGAAUCUUGAGGGAGCAAGGAAAAGAUUCUCCUUCACAGGCCCUUUGGCCCCAAGUUCCUAUGUGAAGAUUUCAAGGUUUAUUUAUUUAUUUUAGAUUUCAAUUAUGACCCGUCGCCAAAAAGCCUUAAAUUUCAAAGUUUACUAUUUCCGGCACCCCCUUAGACAGGAGACUAAAAUGUUGUCCCACCAUGUUAUGAGAUGAGAAGCAUGUUAUGUAGAAUUGGCAGUUCUACUGUUUAAAGCUGUCUUAAGGGCUGAAACUAUAAAGGGGGAGAGGGCCUUCUAUGGCAAAAAACUCGGAGAAAUUUUCAAUAGAUUUCAUCCUAGGAGGGACUGCGGCUAUUACAGCAAAAACUGCUGCUGCACCGAUUGAGAGAGUGAAGCUUUUGUUGCAGAACCAAGGAGAGUUAGUGAAGCAAGGGCAGCUUCAAAGACCUUAUGGCGGUGUUGGUAAUUGCUUCCGGAGGGUCUACAGGGAGCAAGGGGUUUUGUCCUUUUGGAGGGGUAAUCAAGCCAAUGUUAUAAGAUAUUUCCCCACUCAGGCCUUCAACUUUGCAUUUAAAGGCUACUUCAAAAGCUUGUUCGGAUGCUCAAAAGAGAAGGAUGGAUACUUAAAGUGGUUUGCUGGAAAUGUUGCUUCUGGGAGUGCUGCAGGAGCUACCACUUCUUUGUUUCUUUAUCACCUAGAUUAUGCAAGGACUCGACUGGCGACAGAUGCUAGGGACUGCCGUAUCAAUGGGAAGCACCAAUUUAAUGGGCUACUGGAUGUUUAUCGUAAAACCUUGUCAAGUGAUGGAAUGGCAGGUCUUUAUCGAGGGUUUGGGGUUUCGAUAUUGGGAAUUACUCUUUAUCGUGGAAUGUAUUUUGGGAUCUAUGACACCAUGAAACCUGUAGUUUUGGUUGGACCGUUUCAGGACAAUUUUGUUGCUAGCUUCUUCUUGGGUUGGAGUGUGACAACGGUUUCUGGGGUAUGUGCCUACCCAUUUGACACUCUACGACGGAGAAUGAUGCUCACGUCCGGACAAUCAGUCAAGUAUCACAGUGCCAAGCAAGCAUUCGUUGAAAUUGUUCGGGUUGAAGGUUUUGCAGCACUGUAUAGAGGAGUCACAGCGAACAUGCUACUUGGUGUCGCUGGUGCUGGAGUACUUGCUGGAUAUGAUAAGCUGUACAGAAUUGUAUAUACACCGCAUUAUAACCUCAGCUCUCAGAAGGCCUUCAAAUGAAUCAUGUAUGAAGAUUCUUAUAAUAAUUAUUUCUCACAAAUGUUACUCAGCUGGUAGGGCAUUGUUGUUGAAAACCCAUGUAAAGAAAGGUGGAAAAAAUGUAUACAUAAGUAUGAAAUGGCUCCAAGAACUGAACUCAAUUGAAGGAAACGAAUAUUUGUUGGUAGAUACAAAAGUUGGGCGAAAUAUGUUGGAUGCAGCUCUCAGCCGUCCGAUUUCUGAUUGGAAGCAGGAUAAUCUCCUUGGUUGUUCCCUCUUACAAUUAGUUGGUUUGUUAGCGUGUAGCAAUCCCGGGGGCAAGCUUUGUUUUCUCUGUACAGUGAUAUGAUGCAAAAGAAUAUUGAUUGAUACAGCCAUUCUUUGUUUAUCGUUAGUUCUCUUAUUCCAUUGUGUGGACAUUACACUAUAGGAAGUUCUUUUAACUGUGACAUAAGAUAUUUACUUUGCAAAGGCAUUCUUCCUGUUUUCUAUUGCAA